AUGACGAGGCCCGUUCCGACAAAUAUGCUAAUCCUCGCACCACCAUCGAGCAUACCUUUUUGUUUUUGUUUUUUUUUCAUCUCGACCCGGGCUCAUGGCCGUCCUGUUCCAUCAUCCUCCCCUCACCGCCUUCCCUUCCCUUCAGUCCUCGCGGAAGCCGCCGGCAAGACCCGCUCACAACCGACGGCUGGCGAAGCGAAGGCCAAGGUUGCUACUAGCACUAAGCGGGCGAGCAGCUCGGGGGCGAGCGGAUCAACUCCGUCUGGAAAGAAGCCACCCCGCUCGCAGCAGCCGGCAGGGCAGACGGCUGGCAGCAAGCGGCAGAGGCAGCAAGAAACGAUGGGCGUGAAGCAGCAGAGAUCGGUUGAUGGUCAUGCGGCAGCGAACGGAACUCGUGGGACGGGAGGGAAGGGGCACGUUGUGAAUGGCACGAGGCACGUGAAUGGCACGAGGCCGCAGCGGGGUGGUGGUGCUGCUGGUGGUGGGCUGCGCAAGGAGGGCGGCGGUGCUGUUGGCGGGCGUGGCGGGCGAGGAGGCAGUGUGAUUGGUGAGUGCGAAUGCGUCAUUGCACCACCACAUGCUGCUGACGUCUUAUUGGCUACUUGUGACCACCACAUGCACCUGUUAUGUUCAGUCAUUGCUGCAGCCUGUGGCAAGGCGGUUGAGUUGACGCGUUGCUUGUGCGUGGCAGGUGUGGUGGGCGCGCGGAUGAGUGGCGAGCAGAUGGUGGGGUCAGCAGGCAUGGCGAAUGCCACAGGGCGGCUGGAGUUGAGGCUUGUCAACCCUCGUUCCUCUGCUACUUACACUCCGUCUCACCCCUCAUGUGUUGACCCUCCUGUGUUGACCCUCCCUCUUCUCUCCUCACCCCCCUUCCCCACUCCCCAUCCCAGGACGGCCACUGACAUGGACGUGCACCUCCGCGUUCCCCCAGGGGGCUGUGCGCGGGCAGAUGGCCAACAUGACCCGCGGGGGGAAGUAGCAGCGGGGAGAGAAGGGGGCGUUGAAGGGCAGAUGUGCAACUUGACACGUGGUUGA